GAUUAAUCUAGUAUUAUCGUAACCAUUUCUCUUUCCUUUUUUCUCAAAAUUAGAAGAUUUUAGUGGUUGGAAAUUCUUAAGUGAAAAACAAUGGAGACAAAAAUGCAGCAGCAUGAAGUACUGGAUAAUAGCUCAGACAUAUACAGGUGUAAGCUUAAAAACCAAAUAACGGAAAUGAGACGAACUAUUGAAGAUUUGAAACAAAAGGUUAUCGAACAAAAAGAACAAUUGGGGAAAGAAAGACAGGAAAAUGAUAAAAUGAUAAGACAGCAAGAGAUGUUUAGGAGACAGUUGAGCACCUUCCACCUACCCCACUGUCCUGUGCUGAACUCUCCUCCUUGUCCAGUCCAUUCUAGACUUCUCAACUACCAGGAGCAGACUGUAGUAGUGAAGGACACAGAUCUCUUUGAAGAUAGUAAGGGUAUAACUCGUGAUGUCAACGAUUCCCCAGACUUUCCAAGAUUUGAAGGCAGUUUAUGCAGCAAUAUAGUGAGGAAUAUACAACUACAAGCCGAGGGGUCGUGUGAGGACUUAUUUGCUGUGAGGGACAGUUCCACCCCCACCCCCUCCCUAACGUCAUGCGAUGACGUCACUAACUUCACCUUGUUGUUGACAGACAACUGUCAGAAUCGGUUGAGAGAGACUCAACGUUCUGACAUCACUGGAGUACAACGAAAUGAGAGAUGA